GAAUCCUCUUCCACUCAUCUUCAAAACAGCCGCCUUACUUAAUGUCAGAACACGUGAGACAUUCUAAUCGCGCAACCCUAACAGAUAUCAUCUCUCGUUUAAAAAGGUUUGGGCCUCUUAAAGGCAUAAUGAUAGACGUGAUGCCGUGAUUGGGCAGCGUGUCAGAUUUGGUGUAAUUUCAUUCCCGCCAGUUUCAUUUCCCGCCAAUAGUCGCGUCAAUUAGCAAAUGACAUACCCCACCUACCCGCUGUGAACGGCCUCUUCUCUCUCCAUCCCUCUCCAGUUUCCUCUCUCCCUCUCUCUGCCUCCAAUCGUUGCAAUACUCUCCAAUGGCGUUUGAGAAGCUCACAGACUACGAGCGCAAGAGGCUCGAGAACAUCCGCCUGAACGACGAAAAGAUGGCCUCCCUCAAACUCCAAUCCAUCAAAGCCCAAGUCUCCGCCUCAACCAAACGCCCAAGGGUUGAGAUCAAAUCGUACAAAGUCAGUCCGAAGAAACAACCCAAAACCCAGACCCCAAUUGUCAUGAGGCGGUCUUUACGCACGCGCGGAUUACCGCCAGAUGCGAACGGCCUAAGCGAUGAGGCUCUCGAAUCCAUGGCCAAAACUAUGAAUUCUUCAAGCCCGUCGAAGGGAUUGCCUUGCUAUAUUGGUCCUCUUAGCAUGAAAGACGCUUACAGAGGAGUGUCAGAUCGAGCUCUAAUCGAAGCAAUUCUGGAUAUUUCGAAGAAGCCCCAAUUGGACGCUUCAGUGAAAGGUGAAGUUAAAGGCGAAAAUGGCAGAUUUGAAGGUGGAAAAGUUGAAAGUUCGUGCUUUUCAAUUAGGAAGGAAGUAAAUGAAGUUAAAAUUGGUGUGAAGAUGGAGCGUUUGAGUAAGGGGAUUGGUGGGUUUACUCGUGGUUUUGUUAAGAAGCAAGGAAAUGAAAUGUGGAGUAGUUUAAAGUUGGAGUCUUUGACUCUAAAACCAGAGAAUGUCGCGAGGGUUGUGCCCGGGAUUAUGAAUGUGAAGUUUUUUCCCUGUACUAGUUCGAAUAUGAUUGCGGUUGGGAAUAAGUUUGGGAAUAUUGGAUUUUGGCAUAUUGAUUCUAAGGAAGAUGAAGAAAGCGGUAUCUAUUUGUAUCGUCCGCAUAAUUGUCCCAUUUCUGGGAUUUUGAUUCAGCAACACAGUAUGUCAAAGAUCUUUACUAGUUGUUAUGAUGGCUAUAUCCGGUUGAUGGAUGCCGAGAAAGAGGUGUUUGAUCUAGUAUAUUCCAGUGAGGACACUAUAUACUCUAUGUCCCAACAGUCGAAAGAUCCCAACUGCUUAUAUUUUGCUGAGGGCCACGGUGGUUUAAGCGUCUGGGAUCAGAGAACGGGAAACUUGUCAAACCAGUGGUCUUUGCACGAAGACAGAAUCAAUAGCGUUGACUUUAGCUCAGCAAACCCUAACCUCAUGGCCACUAGUUCCACAGAUGGAACUGCCUGCAUUUGGGAUCUGAGAAGAAUCGUUGCAGAUAAAACUUUACAAACAAUUAGCCACAAUAGGGCUGUGCAUUCUGCUUACUUCUCGCCUUCUGGAAGCUUUCUCGCAACGACAAGUAUUGACGACACAGUUGGUAUAUCAAGCGGGGUUAAUUUUGAGAACACAUCAAUGAUAUACCAUAAUAAUAAAACCAGCAGAUGGAUUUCUAAGUUCAGGGCAAUAUGGGGGUGGGACGACGCCUACGUCUUCAUUGGCAACGUGAAAAGAGGAGUAGAUGUGAUCUCCCCAGUUGAAAGAAGAACAGUGCUCACUUUAGAGAGCCCGCACAUGACUGCGAUUCCAUGUCGAUUUGAUGCUCACCCUUACAAUGUUGGGAUGCUAGCAGGAUCCACUGCUGGAGGCCAAGUUUAUGUAUGGACAUUGGGAUAGGAAAUUCAGCUUCUCUACUUGCAUGUAGUUAGUGAAAACAUGACAAGUUUUGUACCUUGAACUUUAAUUUAGUGAAAUUGUUGUUGCGUGGCA